AUGGAGAGAGCCAUCUCCAAAGCUAUUGAUUGGUUCACCCUACACGCUAUAAAGCAAGGACCAAGAGAGACUCCUUCGGAGUUUCUGGAUAGGCUAAGAGAUACCAUGAGAAAACACACAUCCUUAGAUCCAGGAUCAGAAAUAGAUAUCCAGCAACUUACAUCAUUAUUUAUAGGACAAUUAACAGGGGACGUACGACGGAAGCUGCAGAAAAUGAAGGGUCUUGAUGCACGAAACUUAGAAAGUUUGUUAGAGGAAGCAUGGACGGUAUUUACCAAUUGGGAAGAGGAAAGUAGGAGGCAUGACAAGCGAAUAUUAAUGGCAGCAUUAGGAGAGAUAGAGUUACUGGAACAAUUGGAUGCAGAAAUAAAAUUUGAGGCAGAGGAAAUUAAGUUCAGAGUAAAGGACAAGUCCAUUGUAGAAUUACUUAGCUUGGCCUUAAUAACUACCCCGGUAGACACAGAGAUCCCAGAGGAUAUAAAAUAUCAGGUUUUUCCAGGAGUAUGGGAAGUUGAAACCCUGGGGCAAGCUAGGAAUGCAUCUCCUUUGGUCAUAAAGGUUAAAUUAGGAAGCCAACCCCCAAGGAUUAAACAGUACCCAUUAGGGAUGAAAGACAGGGAAGGAAUACAACCAAUAAUUGACUGAUUUAUGAAAUACGGCAUAUUGGUGAAGUGUGAAUCAAAAUACAGUACACCGAUAUUACCAGUAAGAAAACCUGACGGUAGUUAUUGAAUAGUACAGGACUUGAGGGCAGUUAGCAAAAUAGCAGAGGAUUUGUAUCCUUUAGUAGCAAACCCUUAUACCCUGCUUCCCAUACUGUCUACUGAACUAGCAUAUUUUACUGUCCUGGAUUUAAAGGAUGCCUUUUUCUGCCUGCCACUUCCAGCCGAGAGUCAGCUGCUGUUCACAUUUGAAUGGGAAAACCCCAGUACAGGACAAAAAUCACAAUUGACUUGGACUGUACUCCCACAAGGAUUUAAAAACAGCUCCACAAUAUUUGGGAAUCAAUUGGCCAAGGAUUUGGAGCUAUGGGAACGUCCACCUGACAAAGGGGUACUAUUACAGUACAUAGAUGAUCUUUUAAUAGCUACCAAGACAAAAGAGGCAUGCUUGAGAUGGACAGUAAGCUUACUAAACUUCCUGGGGCUUAAUGGCUAUCGAGUCUCUCCACAGAAAACACAAGUGGCCCAACAACAGGUAACUCACCUGGGAUAUGGAAUUGCUGUAGGGACACAGACAUUGGGAACCGCCCGGAAGGAGGCUAUUUUAGACCCCCGAGCAUGUACAUCUAAGGAGCUUCGAACAUUCCUCAGAAUGGCUGGAUGGUGCCAUCUAUGGAUACCCAACUAUGGAAUACUGGUAAAACCGCUCUACACGCUGAUAAAAUCCCAACCCAAAGACAUAACAUGAAACAGGGAGGCUAAAAAGGCAUUCUGACAGUUAAAACAAGAGGUAAUGAGAGCCCCAGCCUUGGGGCUCCCAGAUGUCACAAAGUCCUUUUUGCUAUUCUCCUAUGAGAAAUAGGGAAUAGCUUUGGGGGUGUUAGCUCAGAACCUUUGGCUAUAUCGAAGAGUGGUAGCUUAUAUCUCUAAACAGCUUGAUGAAGUAAGCAAAGGCUGGCCGGGAUGCCUAAGGGCUGUAGCUGCCCUAGUAAUCAACAUCCAAGAAGCCUGAAAGCUUACAAUGGGGCAAAAGAUGACUGUACUAGUAUCCCACAGUCUCCACGGUGUUGGAAGUGAAAGGGAUUCACCCUUGGAACCAACGUGGAAAGGGCCUUACCAAGUACUCUUGACCACCCACACAGCAGCUAAAGUAGAGGGACUAAUUCUGUGGAUACACCAUACUCGCCUGAAGAAGGUGAUUCAACCGCUUUGGACUACAGAGACCAGAGGGCCUCCCGGAGUAGUACUCCGAAGAAAGCAACAAAAUGAAGGACUCUGA